AUGGCUUCCAAGCUUGUGACCUCCAUCUUCACGUUUCUCUUCCUUUUCUUCUUUUUAUUCUCCUCGACGACCUCCGUUUUUGCUCGGCCCAUUCCCGGCUCUACAAACAUGUCUCCUGGGACUACUCGAGACGGGUUUAAGGUUGUGGAUGAUGUUUUGGAAGAGGAGAGCUGUGGAAUUGGAGAAGAACAUUGCUUGAUGAGGAAAACUCUUGCAGCCCAUGCUGAUUAUAUCUACACAGAUAAGCAAAGACCAUGAAGAUUAUUUGCACCUCAUUCUUCGGCUCGAAUCUUUGACCUUUUGGUCAAAUGUAUAUUCUUAACCAAUUGAGUUAUGUUCCGGUUGAUCAAAUCCGAUAUACUAAACUUAAAUUUAGUUACUUCUUUCG